AUGGUGAUGACAAGGUCGCGCGCGGUAGCUGACAAAGGUUCCCGGAUUCCUGUAGCCCAGUCUGAAUACCAGGGUGAACGUUGGAGCAGAAUCAAGGUUCACCAAGACGAAGACCUGUUGAUCCAGCAAAUGCAAAACGUCCUAAAGGGAGACGUAUCAGAUCUUCUACGGAACCAGGUGAAGAAGAUUGGGAAGGUUUCUGAUCAGCUGAGCACACCCACUCCUGAGAGGUCCCGCAACAAACAGUCGGAACUCAGGGUGGUGGUCCCAGAGACUUUACGUGCUAACAUGUUACACUACUCACACGAAGAUUUUCAAGGUGGUCAUCAAGGAAUCAACAUGACGUUUGAGCGAUUACGUUCAGAGUUCUGCUGGAUCGAGAUGUACGCUGAGGUACAGAAGUUCGUGAGAGUAUGUGUGGAUUGUUCGUCAACCAAGGGGGCGACCACCGGUCCUUGGCCCAUCACCGGGAAAUAUCGAACCGAGAUAUCCGUUCGAGGUGGUCUCUAUGGAUUUGUCACUGAGCUACCUGAGUCCGAUCGUGGAAACACAUACUUCUUGCUGUUCCAAGAUCAAUUCUCAGGAUAUGUCAUGUGCAAACCCAUGCGGAAUACAGAAGCCCAAGAUGUUGCUGAGGCAUACGAAGAGUGCGUAUUCAGAAUAUUUGGGACAAGUUCAAUGAUCAGACAUGAUCAGAAUCCCCGUUUCAUGAGUAAGGUCUUCGCUAGAUUCAGAGACCUUCAGAAAAGUAAGCAACGUGCGACGCUAGGAUACCGGGCUCAGGCCAAGGGACAGCAAGAACGCUCAGUCCAAACGGUAAUGCGAAGUGUCAGAGCGUAUGUCGCUGAGGUUGACCAGAGCGACUGGGAUAAGCAUGCAGAACGUCUCAUGUUCGCCCUGAAUACCUCGUUCGACGCUGCAAGAUUGGACACCCCGUUCUACCUGGUCCAUGGUUGGGACGCCCAAGGAACCAUAUCUGCGAUGCUGGGUCCGAAGCCAUCCACAGUCCAAGAACGAACAGCUUUGGAGCGGCGUCGGAAGAUACAACGGGAUUAUAGCUAUGCCCUUGCGUGCGCUGAAUACUUGGAAAAGAAGGCGAAGCGUGUGAGAGCUGCUGCACAUACUCGUAAGUGGAGAGAACUCUCGGAUCGUGUAAAGGCAGGCCUCGAAGCUGGUGAUUCUGUAUGGAUGUAUAUUCCCAAAGUCCGCACGGGAUUGAGCCGCAAGCUAGCUCACCUGUGGCACGGACCUUUCUGA